AUGAAUAUUUGGAUAGCCGCAAGUGAUGGGAGAAGUGACCUCGUAGAGAAGUUUAUAGCAGAAAAUCCUAGCAUAACGGCAAACACACCAGAUUUAAAUGGUUAUACCGCCAUGCAUGCAGCUGCUUCAUAUGGUCAUAUAGAUCUUCUUCGUCGUCUGACGAAUGAGUUUGGUGGCAAUGUUAAUGUCAAGGAUAACGAUGGUGAUACUCCGCUUCAUCACACUGAGGAUUUAAAUACAGCAAAGGUUCUUAUUGAAGAAUUAGGAUGUGAUCUGAAUAUUACUAACAGUGAAGGCAAAACGGCGUUACAAGUUACUGAAGAAGAUCAAGAAUUUCCAGAACUUAUUCAAUAUUUAAGACAGAAGUCAGGUGUUCCGAUCGAACAAGAUAGUUUAGGAAUUGAUGCAAAUAUGAUGGCAGAAUUUAAGGACAAUAUACGUUACACAUUAGAGAAUGAUAGAGAUGAGGAUUUAGAUUCUGAGUCGUUAGCUCGUAAGAAGAAACUGGAACAAAUUAUUCAAGGUGGUAACGCAGAAGAAGAAUUAGAGGUCUAUAUUAGGGACUUAGUAAGAUCUAAAAUGAUGAGCUCCGACGAACCAGAAACUACACAGGAUGAACCUGACUCUAAACGUAGAAAGUAG